AUGUUGCUUUGCUUCUUGAUUCUUUCUGCUGUCUUUUUUCUUUUUCUUCCUAUUCUUUUCCUUCUUAUUCCUUCGCGUUUAUUUUACUUCUUCCUCUUUUUAUCCCUCAUUCACUCUUCCCCUUCCUUUAUCUUCUUCUCCAUCUAUUUAUCUAGUUGCUAUUCCUAUUUUUCAUUUUGCGUAUCAGUCUUCUUUUCCCUAAAUUCUUCUUCUUUUUUCUUUUUCUUCUUCAUCUUCUUUUUUCUUCUUCAUCUUUCUUUCUUUCUUUCUUUCUUUCUUUCUUAUUCUUUUCUUCUAUUUUUCUCCUUCUUCCAUCACUGUUCUUUAUCUUCUUAUUCCAUUUUUACUUCUUUUUGUGAAUUUUUUUUAACUUUCUCUAAUCUUUUUUUCUAUUUCUUUCUUUCUUUCUUUUCUUCAUUUAUUUCUUCUUCCUCUACCUCUUCUUCUUCUUGUGAUUUCUCUUUUUCAUUUUCUACUCUUCUUUUUUUCUUUCUUUCUUUCUUUCUUUUUCUACAUCACCUUCCCUUUGUUGCUCUUCUUUUAUUCUUCCUCCAUUUCUUCUUCAUCUUCUUAUUUCAUUUUGUACUUGUCACCUAUAUUUUUCCUCCUUUCACCUGUCCUUCGUCUUCAGAGAUUUUCUUUCGCGUUAGACUUUCUUUUCUUUUCUUACUGAAAUAUCUUUAUUUCUUUUGCUCAGUUGCACCAUCCGCUUCAUAUGACGAGUGUUUUUCACUCUUUCUUUUUAUUUGCGACUUUUAUAAUUAUCUCUCAUUUUAA